AAAUCCAAACCAAAAACCCAAAUCCGGGAGAUCCAUGAAACAGAGUUACCAUUCCUCUGUUUUCCUCUCUUGAAUGCCGUAAACCAAGUAACCAACCCACCCCACUGAAACCUUUGCCAUUCUCUGAGACUUCGGUGAGCUCAGACAAGAAGAAGUGGAGAGGAGGAGAUGACUCGGCCGGCGUUCUCCAGAAGGGGAUUGCACGCCGACAGCUUGCCCGGGCAUUUAAACGACGGUGCCGGUGGGCGGUCGCCAGCAGAUCGGAGGAAUCGGCUUCCGCCGCGGAAGGGGACGGGGUGCAGGUGGACGCAAGUCCUCCUGGGCGGUCUUGUCCUCGUCGUCCUAGCGUUCUUCGGCCUCGGGAUCUGGCAGCUGACGCUGAUGACGAGCGCCGGCGGGCCUGGGGAGUUUGUCUCCCGCAUUGGGGGCGGUGGGAGGCGGACAAGGCCGGUCGGCAGUGUGCUAAGAUUCGUGCCGUCGGAUCUGAUGCGGAGAUUCGAAGAACAGCGAAGCGCCCUCGAUAGGCGGAGAUCUGAUGGGAGGCUCGGCCUUCGGCCGCCUAGAUUGGCGCUUGUUAUAGAAGACACAUACAAGGAUUCAAAUUCAUUGAUGCUUUUAACUUUGGUGAAAAGUCUUAUGGACCUGGGAUAUACAUUUAUGAUUUUUAUGCUAGAGAACAAUGAAGCUCAUUUCUUGUGGCAAAGUGUUGGCUGUCAACUAUCAGUUCUAGACUCUGACAGUUUGGGAUCUGUUGACUGGUCAAAUUACGAAGGUGUCAUCGUGAGCUCUCUAGAAGGCAAGAAGGUCAUUCCAAGACUUAUGCAAGAGCCUUUCAUGUCUGUGCCACUUAUAUGGAUUGUUCAUGAAGACAUCCUUGGGAAACGUCUUUCACAUUAUGCAGAGUUGGGCUGGAAAGAUCUUAUUAACGAAUGGAGAAAUGCUUUUAUUAGGGCUGAUGCUGUUGUUUUUCCUGAUUUCUCUCUUCCAAUGCUGUACACCUUGCUAGAUAAUGGAAAUUUUUUCGUGAUUUCUGGAUCUCCAGUAGAUAUAUGGGCAACUAGUGCCUAUAUUGCAAGCCAUUCCCGAAAUCAACUGCGGGGAAAUUAUGGGUUUGCUGAAAAUGACCGAUUGAUACUAGUUAUUGGUAGCUACUUUUUCUAUGGUGAUCCACCAUGGGAUUACAGAGUGAUGCAUGCCUUGGCACCUCAAGUUAAAAGAAUAAAGGGAUUGAUUGGAACAAUAAAGUUUGUUUUCUUAUGUGGGAACUCGACAGCUGCCUAUAGCUCUACUUUCCAGGAUGUUGCUGUACGCAUGGGAUUUCCAGAUGGUUCUGUAAGGCAUUAUGACAUGGAUCUUGAUGUGAACAAUUUUCUGUAUAUGGCUGAUAUUGUUCUUUAUUGGUCAUUCAUUGAGGAACAAAACUUUCCUCCACUAUUGUUGCAAGCCAUGUCCUUUGAAAUUCCCAUUGUUGCUCCUAAUAUGAGUGUAAUACAGAAAUAUGUUGUCAAUAAUGUCCAUGGCAUUCUUUUUCACCCCAGUACAUCGGACACGUUGGUUAGAGCAUUAUCUCUUCUAAUGGGAGAUAAAGAGUUGUCAAAUAUAGCUCAUUCUGUUGCUUCACAUGGGAAGUCACUCUCUAUGAAUAUGCUUGCUUCAGAAUGUAUCUCUGGUUAUGCUGAGCUUUUUGAAAGCAUUCUCCAUUUUCCUUCGGACACACUGCUUCCAAAUUCUAUUUCCCAAAUUCAGCAGAAAACUUGGUUGUGGGACCUGCUUGACAAAGAAAUUAAACAAACAUAUACUUUUACAGAAAAUGAGAAUUUUUUAAGAAAUGAGUAUUCUAGACAAAGAUCAAGCAUUGUAUAUUUGCUGGAGGAACAAUUUUCUAAAAGGCUUAUGGAGAAUGAUUCACAACUUGUAAAUGAGACUUAUGCAGAAGACUUCCCAACUCUAUCAGAUUGGGAUGACAUUAGUGAAAUGGAAGCUUCUGAGGACUAUGUGAGUCGAGAAAUGCAGGAGCUUGAUGAAAGAAUGGAGAGAACUUCAGGAUCAUGGGAAGAUGUUUACCGGAAUUCACGGAAAGCUGAAAAGCAGAAAGCCGAAGCAUAUGAGCGUGACGAAGGGGAAUUAGAAAGAACUGGACAGCCACUAUGCAUAUAUGAAGUGUAUACUGGAGAAGGAGCAUGGCCUUUUUUGCACCAUGGUUCUAUAUAUCGUGGGAUAACACUUUCAUUUAGAGCCCGAAGAUCAAACUCAGAUGAUAUAGAUGCAGUUAGCCGGCUUCCUGUCCUGAAUGAUACAUACUUUAGGGAUCUUUUAUGUGAGACUGGCGCUAUGUUUGCAGUUGCAAACAGUGUGGACAGCGUUCACAAGUUACCAUGGAUCGGUUUCCAGUCAUGGCGUGCUGCUGGAAACAAGGUUUCUUUGUCUCAUGCUGCUGAAGAAGUAUUGGAGAAGACAAUACAAGGACAAAGCAAAGGGGAUAUAAUCUACUAUUGGGCAGUAAUGGAUAUGGGCCUGAACAAAGUUGAUAUAAACAGAAAACUUGACUUCUGGUCCAUGUGUGAUCUCUUAAAUGCUGCAAAGUGCAGGGUGAUGUUUGAAGAUGCUUUUAGACAAAUGUAUGGGCUACCACCUGACAUGCGAGCCCUGCCCCCAAUGCCCUUUGAUGGUGACCAUUGGUCUGUUCUUCACAGCUGGGUGAUGCCAACACCCUCCUUCCUAGAAUUUAUAAUGUUUGCAAGAAUUUUUGCUGAUUCACUUGAUAGCUUAAAUCAGAACAACAGUAGCCUGACCUCUUGCAUUCUUGGAUCAUCAAGACUCGAGAUAAGGCACUGCUACUGCCGUGUUUUGGAAGUGUUGGUCAAUGUUUGGGCUUAUCAUAGUGGUAGAAAGAUGGUUUACCUUGACCCCUUUACUGGGGAGCUAAAAGAACAGCACCCUCUUGAGCUCAGAGAUAUGUGGGUGAAAUACUUCAAUUCAGAUCUACUGAAGAGCAUGGAUGAAGAUUUAGCUGAGAAAGCAGAUGAUGGCAUGCAUCCCAAUGACAGAUGGUUGUGGCCUUUAACUGGUGAGGUGCAUUGGCAGGGGAUCCUUGACAGGGAAAGGGAGGAGAGAUUGAAGCAAAAGAUGGAUAAAAAGAAGAAAUCAAGGGAGAAGCUGUUGGAGAGGCAGAAGCAUGGAUACAAGCAGAAAUCAUUGGGACAGAAAGAUAAAUCACCAUAACAAGUUCAAGAUUCCCAUUUAUGAACCAAUCAAGACCUAUAGCGUUAUACUGACAGAGAUCAGAAAUGGUGGAUGCGGGAAUAAGAAGCAAUUGGUAAUAAAGAGAUCACCAUAUAAAGUUCAGGUUUCAGUUUUAUUAACCAAUCAAGAACUUACAGUGAGUGCUACACCAAGAGAGACCAAAAAUAGUGGAUGCAGGAUAUGAAGCAAUUUGAUAAGCCAUUGGAUAUUGCCCUAAUGUUUACAUAUACACACCUCUUCCUGCAUUUUAUGCUCUGAAGGAGUCGAGAAGGUCAUGGCAAUCUUAGCUGCACAGGUAUCUUGAUAUAAUUUUUGAAAAGAGAAUUAUUUUGUGAUAGUAAGUCAGGAGUGCAGAUACUACUUAUGCUUCUGGCCAAGUGAUAUUCUUUUCCACUGAUUAAUCCAAAGAGGAUACACCAAAAUGAACUGUAUUUGGUUGAGUCACAACUUGUCACUGUACAUCAGGGAAAAAUGGAAAGCAUUUAUGAAUGAGAAAUAGAAUUUUCUUUGUCA